AUGCUAGCGCUACUGGCUACCGGACUGAUCGAUGGAUCGAUCGAAUUGGAGGGAGCGGAGAUGGGAGGGGAUGAGAUCGCAGAGCACAGGCUGUGCCACCAAACGAGGAAUGGUACUUUUAUUGCGUCAAUCGAAAGCGUGGAGCCGGACGUGGUCAAAAACACACGCCUAGUGGAGGAACCUCUUGUGAAAUUCUGCUCUAUGCUGGUUUUAUCCUUACCUCAAAACCAAAUUUUAAGAAUGGCUGUACAAGUGAUUGGUGUGUGGCUUGCUGCUUGGAUCAUUUCUGGGGGAAUUCGCUUUGAGGCGAAGAACACCUUUUCCAACACCAGAGUUUGCUCCUCUGUCGUUCACGCCCAAUGCUUUGGCCACCCUCAUAAGGAUUUGGUUGCCUCCACUGCUUUUCUUGUCAUCUUGGCGGAAAGUGGCUGCUUCACGAGUCCAUUGUCUUGUGCUGUGCUUGCACAGAUCACGACGACAGUCGAGGCUGAGAAGAAUUUUUACAGCAUGCAGCGUUUAUGCUGCGCUUUUGGGAUUGAUAUUGGUUAUAGCCUUACCAACUUCUCCUUCCCAGCUCCACCCAGGAAAAGAUCAUCAAGGAUCACAGCCACCGCCACCAAAUCCUCUCGCAAGUAUAUCAAUACCCCUGGAUUCUCAAUCCCCAAUCCAAUAGAAGAGGUGCGGGCGGCGGCGGUAGCCCUGUGCGACACUGUGGAGAAUCUCAUCGCCACGUACAUCGAUCCCCGCGAGUUCCCUCCCUCGCAAGACCCCCAGAUCCAGCUCGCGGACAAUUUCGCGCCGGUUGGAGAGUUCCCGCCAACGCCGUGCCGCCGAGUCACUGGCGAGAUCCCUCGCUGCCUCCGCGGCAGUGCUUACAUCCGCAAUGGCUCCAAUCCACUCCAUCCCCCUCCCGCCGGCUACCACUACUUCGAUGGCCAUGGGAUGCUCCACUCUGUCAAGUUCGGUGAUGAAGAGGAUCAAGCUCCAGUCUACUGCGCGCGAUUCACCCAGAACAAUCGAUUCGUCCAGGAGCAAGCAGCGGGCAAGCCUCUCUUCCCCUACACACUGGGCACCAUGAGCAGCUAUGCUGGGCUCGCACGAUUCGGGCUGUUUGUGAUGCGCACGGCUCUGGGCCUGAUCAAUAUCUUGGGCGGGAUGGGAACCUCCAACGCUGGGAUGGCCUACUUCGAUCGCCGAAUUCUGGCCAUGUCCGAGGAUGAUAUGCCAUAUGCCGUGAGUAUCACCCCAGCAGGGGAUUUGAUCACCAUGGGCCGCUACAGCUUCAACAACCGAUUGUUCUUGCCGAUGUGCGCUCAUCCAAAGAUCGAUCCAAUCUCUGGCGAGCUCUUCGCGGUUAGCUUCAAUCCGGUGAUCAAUCCCCACCUCCGCUACUUCUGGGCGAGCCCGGACGGGAGGAAGAGCCCCGAUUUCGACGUGUGGCUGCCGGACCCGUGCUUGUUUCACGACUUCGCGAUAACAGAGAACUACGCAAUCCUUCCAGAGAAUCAGCUCGUGAUGAAGUUCCAGGAUGUAGUGCUCAAGAACAAACUUGUCAUUGAUGAAGAUACCGCCAAGGUUCCUAGAUUCGGGGUGAUCCCUCGCAUCCCGACCGUGGGAUCUUUUGGCAUUCGCUGGAUCGACGUCCCGGAUUGGACAUCAUUCCACUACAUCAACGCCUGGGAGGAAGGGACGGACAAGAUCGUCGUGCUCAGCUCGUCCAUUACGCCUGUGGAACAUUUGUUUGACGAUAUCGCCGGAUUGUCCAACAGAUUGCACGAGAUCCACCUCGACCUUCGAUCUGGACGGUCGUGGAAGCAACACGUGUGCUCGGCCGGACUGGAUUUUGGACAGAUCAACCAGAAAUUCCUGGGGCGAAAGAAUCGGUACGUAUACAUGUGCUACUAUGGGCCAUGGCCCAAAAUCUCGGGCCUGGCCAAAGUCGAUUUGGACGCUCAACGGCUGCCCAGGUGGCAAGCCCAGACGGGAGGAAAAGAGUUGAAUUUCCAGGAUGUAGUGCUCAAGAACAAAUUGGUCAUUGAUGGAGAUACUGCCCAAGGGUCCCAGAUUGAUCCUCCCCGGCAUCCUGGCCGUGGGAUCUUCCGGAUCGACGUCCUGGAUUGGAUGUAA